GCACCAGCACCAACAACUUAUUCGCUAGCUCUUAUACUCAUCAUUUAUGGCGACCGAAACUCAGAGUGCGCCGUCCGCGCCAGAGCUCACCAUAAUCAACCGUUUCGUCUCCAUCCCCGUCGUCGGCGAUUCACUUGCGGCUGUACACUCUACCCUUUCUACGAACACCUACACCCGCACGCCAUACACUACCGCACAGGCAAUCUCUUCUUCUGCUCUCCAAUACUCGCAGCCUAUCGCAGCCCGUCUUGCUCCUCUUCUCACGAGAGCAGAUGGACUGGCUAACCAGGGUUUCGAUGUCGUCGAAAACAAGUUCCCGUACCCAUUCAAAACUCCUGCUGAUCAGAUGAUCAAGGAUCUAAAGGAGCAGAGCGAUAGUGUCGUUGCCGGUACGAACAAGACAAUCGAUGAGCGGGUGAAGAACCCUGCACUUGCUGUGGCCCAGGGUAUUGACCAGAGGUUCGCCCCUAUCGUCGACUACUUCGCCGUUGCAGUCUCGCGUAUCCACCAGUCGACAGAGGCCUCUCCCUCCACCCCUAACGGCAAUGGCUCGGCUGCCGAGGCAAAGUACCAGUAUCAACGCGCCUAUGCUCUUUCUCUCGACCUCAAGGACCAACUGUACGGUUACUCCAACGAUCAACUCAAACAACUGCAGUCGCAGUCUGUCCUCCUUCAACGUGCGACCGAUACCGCUCACUCCAUCUCCAGUCUUGCGUCUUCAUCCCUCGUGGCCGCCCAGACCAGAGCACACGCCCUCUCCGACACCAUGAUCUCCGAACUCCAAUCCCUCCAAUCAUCCACCUCUGCCCUCCCUGCCCAUCUCCAAGCAUCGUUCAAGCCCAUCCAAGACGGCAUCUCAUCUACGAUCACCGACUUGCGUGCCGUCGUCACCUCGGACCUACCCCUGAACGAGAAGGUGGGGAAGUUGGGAGAGACGGUACAGGAGAAGGUGAAGCCUGUUCUGGAGAGCGCGAAGAUCCGGGUGCAGGAGGCCGUUGGAAAGGUAUUGGAGAAGAAGACUCAGGCCGAGGCGAAGGCGGAUGAGGUUGCGCACUAGGCUUGUGGGAGUCACUCUAUUUCUACUUUUGUUUUCAUACUUUGGGAUACCGUUGUUCGACAUUUAGACCGUAGACAUUCCUUCUCUUUCCCUGUAUCAUCUCUUCCUCCGCUUUUCCUCGUAUGCUAUCUUGUUGUUGUGAUAUGGCGAUAUUUAGUUAACCAUAGUACGGCCUCUCUUCUCGUCUGACUAUACUCAGAAUCUCAUAGACAGUCUACAUAUACGACAUUUAUCUCUCUUACCCCCUUCUUUCCUACGGAAGUUGAGUCCAAUUUCAUUGCAUUGUGAUACUGCAUUGUGGUCUAUAUCGCGUAUGCUGCCUUCCACCGCUCCCAUUCUUCUAGCGUAGCUCCAGUCACCUUCUCC